AUGCCUUCGUCAGCCAGUGAAGAGAUUGUCUUCUUUGUCAAUAGCAGAAAGGUACGUUAUUCACGUAUAGACUGCGAAGAGAUACACGAUUUUGAGUUCAAAUGCACGCACGCCACACACCCUUGAUCUGGUUUAUAUCUACAAGUUUUAGUCUAAUUUUAUUCAUCGCAGGUUGUCGAAGCAAAGGCGCAGCCAGAAAUGACUUUGCUCUGUUAUCUGCGAAAUCAUUGUAUCCUUUCAUUACCAUGCACAUUUUGAUCCCUCUGUUUUUGGAUUUUUGUGGACGGGCGCUUUGCAAAAAUAUUAGCAAGUCAUCGGGGUGAUUUUUCAAUUCGAUGAUUCAAGAUGGUUUGACUAAAACUUACUGAUCGUAAACUUGACGUGCUGUGCAUGCUUUGUGAGUCUUAAGCACAAAUGUCACGCCUUCCUGACCUUAGGACCUUCCUGAGGCUAACUGAAAUUGUAAUUUGAUCCAUUAUGAUCAGCAAACAUGUGAAUCACUGACUGGCUAUUGAUAGUGACACGUAUAGAGCUCAUUGUUUCGAUUUUGGCCAUUAUAUGUUAUGAAAAUCGGCACGUGAGUAAAAUUUUAUUGGCAAAUUUAAAUGCAUGGAACGCACAUGUGUUCGAAGGAGAUGUCUGUGGCUGUCUAUACAGGUGUUCUUUGUUCUUUCCACUAGAAUAAUGUACAAACUUAUGAUUAAAGGUUAAGGAAAAUAUUUGCAUGUUGGUUCAAUAAAAUCAUGCAUGAAUAUGCAGAGUAACGUGACUUUCAGAAUUUUGCUAUGUUCUGUUUUGUUUUUAUUUUUUGUAAUUCACUAUGAAUUAAUUCCACAAAGUUAACAGUUAUCCACCGUUCUGUUGGAGACAAGUGGUUAACAGAAACAAUGAAGUAAAUAAUUAUUUGGGUACGCACCUCACAAAAUGAAAAAAAAAUAUAAGAUGCUCAGUUGGAUUUUAUAUGAAACUGGUUAAUCUUUGUAGCACGAAGUGAUUCUCAUCAGCCAUCAGCAAAUCCUCAAUCCAAAUUCCAAAUUCCUCUUUCUUUAUCAAGCAAAUGAACACAUUUUCUAGAUGCUUUUUGUUGAAGCAUCUCUGAGGGAUUAAACUUUUUCAAAUUUCUUUUUUUUUUUCAACAAAAGAUGUUUAAUUUUUUUUAUAUAGUGCUUGACAGCAGAUGGAAAUUAUGAUUUUCAGCUUAGGAUAUGAUUGUGGGAUGAUACAAUAUUUAACAAAACAAUUAUUUCCUACUAUGUUAAUUUUCAUGCUCUUUGGCAGCUCGAAGGAGAAUAAUUAUUAUACUUGCCUCAAGAUAUUGUCUUCAAGGUAGCCAAUCAACAUGCAGGAAAAAAAGCACUAUUCAACUGAGUAGUAUUCAACAAUUAUUUGCUGAAGGCAAAGUGAAUAUUUUGAAUAAACCUGAGACAAUUUUUAUUUUCUGUUCCAUUUUGCUCAAGAAAUAUGUGUACAAGGGAAGAUAUAUCUCAUAUUCCUUACAAAGGUAAUCAGUGGGUUUGACAGGUAGCAAGCUUGGAUGUGGUGAAGGUGGCUGUGGAGCAUGUACUGUUAUGAUCUCUAAGUAUGAUCAUGGAAAUAACAAGAUUAAGUAUCCUUUUGAAACUCGAAGUCUGCAGAAAACUGGAAGAGGUUUAAUGGUUAUGGUGAUGCAACUAGGGGGAGCUUCAUGGGGUUUCAGAUCCCCCUCCUAUUUUAUGUGCUUACUUCUUGUCUGAAACCAAAACUCUAGUAACAACCAAAUGUCAUGUUCACUUAAUAUUCAACAAGAAUUGUUUGAAAUUUAAUUGUCUUAAAUAUUUGUUUACUUUUUCUGAGGCCUUUUUAUAAGAGAAAAAGAAUCCUUAUUUUCUGAGUCAAAGCUCAACCCCCCUCCCAUCUUUAUAAAAAUUCCUGAAUCAAGAGGUUUGGCUGUAUACAGGAGAAGGUUGUCAAAAUCUGAAGCAUCUAUGGCCUAUGUUACAGAUUUCAAGUAGAGUUAACUUUGUGUCCCCUGACCUUGACAUUAACUAGACAUUUCUCUGCAAAUGGCUGUUUGAUGCCAUUGUGUGCUGUUGAUGGAAUGGCUGUAACCACAGUGGAAGGAAUUGGAAGCACCAAAACUGUCUUGCAUCCAGUGCAGGUAAAUAAUUUACUUAUUAUAACCAUUUAAAUCCCAGAAGCGAUCAACAAGAAAAUUUUCUCUAUGAUAUCCAUACAUUAUUCAGCAAACAGCUUAAUGAUGAAAAUAGUCAAACUCAUUAGAUAAAAGUUGUUAUCUUGAUCUAACACCAAGGAAGUGUAUAGCAGCUGGAGGGGAGACUUAACAAUCGGAGUUUGGGAGUUAAAGCAUUAAAAACAUGUAUAUCACAUGUGCACUGAUGGAAACAUUAUGGACAGAUGUAUAGGAUCAAAUAGAAUGUUAAAUUAUAGCAAUUUUUAAAGUCCUAACUAUAAUUGGAGUGCAAAGUUAUUUGAACAUGUAGAGAGUCAAUAACUCAGGGUGAGGUGAUGAAAUAAUCCAGUUAAAUGGCAGAUCAGAGCUUAAGACACGAACUAGGUAUUAUUGUGCGACAACAACGCCGUAAAGACUCAUCAUGUCAAUCGCUCAGAUUUUUUAAAGAAAACUUGGCUCUCUAGACAAGAUCUUUAGUAGAAAGCAAUUCUUUCUAUUUGCAACAAAGUUCAUAAGGAUCUCAAGACGAAUAAAGCGAAGUAAACAUCACCAAUGACUCUAACUGCUUCAGACGCGAACGAGUUAUUGUGUGACAACAACACUGUAAAGACUCAUCAUGAUAAUCGGUCAGAUUUUUUAAGAAAACUUGGCUUUCUAGACAAGAUCUUUAGUAAAAAUCAAUUCUUUUUAUUUGCAACAAAGUUUAAAGGGAUCUCAAGGCGAAUAAAGUAAAGUAAAAAUCGCCAAUGACUAUAUUCGCUUUAGACGCGAACAAGUUAUUGUGUGACAACAACACCGUAAAGACUCAUCAUGUCAAUCGCUCAGAUUUUUUAAAGAAAACUUGGCUUUCUAGACAAGAUCUUUAGUAAAAAGCAGUUCUUUUUAUUUGCAACAAAGUUUAUAAGGAUCUCAUGUCAAUCGGUCUUAUUUAUUUAAGUCAAGUCGCUUGGUAAAAAGUCAACGCACAAACGGUGUUGUUGUCACACAAUAAUUAUCUCGUUCGCGUCUGAAGCGGAUAUAGUCAUUGGCGAUGUUUACUUCGCUUUAUUCGCCUUGAUAUCUUUAUAAACUUUGUUGCAAAUAGAAAGAAUUGCUUUUUACUAAAGAUCUAGAAAGCCAAGUUUUCUUUUAAAAAAUCUGAGCGAUUGACAUGAUGAGUCUUUACGGUGUUAUUGUCGCACAAUAACUCGUUUGCGUCUUAAGUUGUUAUAGUCAUUGGUGAUGUUCACCAAUGUUCAAGCUUCUGUUUGAUGUUCACCAAUGUUCACCAGUGUUUUUUCACUAAAUAUCGUUUACUUUUCUGUAUGUUUAACUUCUAAUAAGUUGUAUUGGAUUGAGGACCAACUCGCCGACGUCUCUACUCGAUUUUAUACGUCGGCGAAUUGGCGUCGGCGAGUUGGGGUAAUGACCGUAAUUUCUAAGAACAAGUAGCCCUGUUUCUUUAGCAACAAGAAUGCAACCUUUAAAGAUGGCAAUUUUGUGUACCCUCUCUGAGUGUCUAUUGCAUGAAAAACAAUUUUAGAGGGGGUUUGAAAAUUUUCAUUUUUAAAGUUAUUUAAAUGAUCCUUUUAGAAACUAGUUCUUAAAAGUGCUAAACAGGUUGGUUUAUUGAUAUUUAUUCUGGUUCUAAGGAGCGGAUUGCCAAGUGUCAUGGGUCACAGUGUGGAUUUUGUACUCCAGGGAUUGUGAUGUCAAUGUAUGCGCUUUUGAGAAACAACCCUUUACCAACUAAUAAAGAGAUGGAAAGUGCUUUUGAAGGUAAAGAGGGAAGUAGCAGGAAAUCAAACUUAUUUCCUUUUUAUCACAUAAAUGCCAAUUUUGUCAAGUGCAUUUUGUUUGAAACCCUGGUGAAACACUGGAAUGACAUGCUAUCCUUGAGUUUCAUAUGGUAUCAAAGCCUUGCGUGUGAUAAAGCAUCAAACUUUAGUGAACUCAUUUCUUAAUUUGAAUGACAGCAUGUGAUUAAUUGACAACAUGUGAAAAAUUGGAAUAUUUCCAUUUUCUUUUUAUUCCUGAGGCAUGACUGAGAAGCUAUUUCUAAGACUUGUGCAUUGGGUUUCAUCAGGGUUUCCAAACAGUCUAACACAAUAAAAGCACGUGACCUGUGCAGCCUCGUGCUCUCAUCAGUUUUCUUGUGUUUGGAUACCCAGAUGAAACCCUCACACUCAUUUUUGAAAUUGUACAUUAAAGUUGCCUUUGCAUUGGUCCUCUUGUGUUCAGUUGACCAGAGUUGUGAAGUCUCACAUAACUCCCUCUUGCCCAUGGAAGGUUGUGUACAAGGCAGAUAAUCAGUGUCUGAAAUUCUUUUUUUAAACCAGAAGAAAAAUAGAGAAAAGUAUUAAUUGGUUUUUUUUCAUAAUGAAGAUAGAGAUGAGAAUCAUGUUUUUCCUCUAAUUUUUCUUUGAAACACAUCAAUCUAAAAUGUGUUAUCUUCAAAGUGUCAUGAACAUGAGUAGGUCAGUAACAAAUAUAUCUUCAAUUUUUUUGGCAGAGGUUUUACAGAUACCUUUUCUUGAGCAUAUUGACUUCUCAUUUGAACCAUGUACUUCUUAUCAUAAAGUCGCUUUAGACGUCACAUCUAUACCUCUGUCAAUUUCCCACCAGGUAAUUUAUGUCGCUGUACUGGAUAUCGUCCAAUUUUGGAAGGACUCAAAACCUUCACAAAGGUAGUGUUCCACUUGUAACUUACAGCACUGGACCUAGCAAGCUUCAGUUUAGCUCUUUUCUUUUAAAUUCAGUGCAGUAUGAAAAUUUUAGCAUCAUUUCAAUCUUCUUUUUACUUACAUGUUUAUUAAUUCCAAUCUUUGUGAAAGGAAUGUUGCGGUAAAGGUGUUAAUGGUUGCUGCUCUGAAAUGGACCAAAAUGGAACCACUAAUGGCAUAUCACAGAAUGGAGUUUUAAAUGUGAGUUGAGAAAAUGAUUGUUUUCCAAUUUUCUUACAAAUUUUUCCGACUUUAUUUGCUGCUUAGUCUUAACCCUCUGACUCUCAUGGGUAAUCAUGACCAAGACAUAAUUUUUCUUUACAAUAUCUAAUGAAUACGUUAUCAAGCAAACAGGUGAUGAGAAUAAAGAAAUGUAUGAAUGAGGGGAUAAGAACAGUAGUUGAUCCAAUACCAAAUUCUCUGAACUAACAUCAUAAGCAUGACAGUCAAUAAUGAGAAUAUUUACUUAUGAGAUCUUGGGUUUGAAAGGGUUAAAGGAUUGACUAUUAUCACUGUGAUAGUAGAACCUUACCUCAGAUUUGUUGUCGAAAAGAAAUAAAAAUAAAUAAGUUGCUUUAUUUCUAUGCUUACAGGGCUGCAAUGAGUUGUUCAAGUCAACAGAAUUUACACCAUAUGACCCAACUCAGGACGCUAUCUUCCCACCUGAACUAAUGGUGAGUUUGUUCACACUCAGCUUAAAUGUUAGAGAGGUUAUCGGAAGUACAGAGUGAUUUAAUAAAAGUAGAACUGGUGGAAUUGGAAGCAGAAUACUAUCAUGUUACCCUGUUGCUCAUUAUAAUCUAAUUUGAACUACAUUGCUGGAGUUGUAAUAAGCAGGAGUUCCACUCCAGCUUGUAACAUCAGUGAAAUAUAGUUUUCACAUGUCAUCAUACAUGGGAAAAAUGGGAAUGUUGUCACUACCCCAAUUUCACCUAAGAUUAUAACAUGGCCAUGAUCCCAGUUUUGGAUUACCGAGUAUUAAUAGCUCUCAAGCAAUCUAAGAUUCUAAGUAGACUCAAAUGUGGCCCCCCUGUCCACCAGUAAAAAUGAAACUUAAUGGUCAAAGUGACUCUUAAUGAAUUAUCUGAUAGGAAACUCUCUUUCUCUCUUGGAUUUUCGAGAGAAUUUUGGGUUAAAUUGGAACGAUAUUCUUACUAAUUCUGGGUUUUGCUAAUUUUCAUAGUUACCAGUUUGUUCAGGGGAGUGCUGAAAUGUUUGGAGAAUUUAGCACAAAUACAGAUCUCCAACAGGGUGAUAAUUUAGCACAUUCAAAAUUGUAGUAUAAUAUUUUCAAUUCACUGAUUUUUCUCCAAAGCUCCCAGAAGCUGCCAAGCCAAGAACUCUAUAUAUCAAAGGAGAUAAUUCAACUUGGAUCAGACCAACAACACUGGAAGAGUUGUUGGAGCUGAAAACAAAAUAUCCACAAGCUAAACUUGUGAUUGGUAACACUGAAAUAGGUGAGAGAUGUCAGAACUAAUCUAUGAUACAGUAUUGACAUUAUUAAAAUUCUAUUGAGGAGCUAUUAAUGAUAAUAAAUCAAUUCACACCUCCCCUGAUAUCCUUAAAUGGGAUGGUGGCCUAACAAAGGCUACCCCCUGACCCCCUCCCUACCUCAUGGACACUUUCUCAAGUUUCUUCACAGUUUUGCAGUACCCAUAAUCCUUUUAAACCUGUUGGAGACAGGCUGUGUGAGAUUUAAGUGCCUUGUCUAGCAGCAUGCCACAGUGUCACCAGCCAGGGUUUGACACCCUAGUUCACUAUUCAGUGUCCAGCUUACUGAAAGUUGGCCUCUGGGUCCAAUUCUCUCAUCAAGAGGUCUUAUUGCAGUUUUGUCUUUUCACCAAAUACUCAGCCUUUCAAUUAUUUAUAUUGCUAACUGAACAAGGUCCAUAAAAAACCUCAGUGACCUAAGACAGACAGCUAAAUUCCCCUUCCAAACUUUUGUUUAUCACCUUAAUUAAUCAUGAUUUUUAAAAUUAACAUCAUUUCAUUGACAGGAAUCGAGAUGAAAUUCAAAAAUCAGAGUUAUCCAAUCCUGAUAGCUCCUACUCACAUCUUGGAGCUGAAUGCUGUGGAACACACUGCCGAGGGCAUCAGGUUUGGUGCAUCAGUGACGCUGACUACUCUGGAAGAGGUUCUUACUGAGGCUUGCCAAUCCAUGCCAGGUAGUAGUCUUAAAUUAAACAGAUUUCUUUGAAUUGUGAACUUAACUUAAAUAAAUAGUUAACUUUGGGAAAAUCACUGUCCUGUUGUUCUGUAUAUCUUAUCAUUCUAAUUAAGCUGUCAAUUUUUUUUGUAAUUAGAGCUAUUGAGUUUGGCAAGUCGCGACUUGGAAUAGAGAAUGAAUUUGGAAGUAGGAGCUUUAAAGGGCUAAUUAAGAUCAUUACGACUGACUGAACUGAAUGAUAAUUGUUGUAUUGUUCAGCACUGGGAGUUUGGUCAUUGUGCAUAACUGUUUUGUUACAUUAUUCUAUUUCUACAGAAUUCAAGACCAGAUGGUUCACAGCAAUACUUCACAUGCUCAAGUGGUUUGCUGGUCAUCAGAUUAGAAAUGUUGGGGCGAGUAAACCAUACCUUUUCUUUCUUUUAUAAUGAAAGAACCUUCUUAGUUUAUGUCAGUUAAAAUUAUUCAGUUAUAGUUCUUUUGCCAUUGCAUUGUUCAAAUAAAAUUGGAUUUUUACGAGACUUAUCUCACAGAUAUUGACAUGAUUUGUUCCUUCCAGGCUAUUGGAGGAAACAUCAUGACAGCCAGUCCGAUAUCAGAUCUAAAUCCAGUGUUAAUGGCUGCAAGAUGCCCUCUUACAUUAGCUGCUGCUGGAGGUACACCUGCUGUUUGGAAAUUGUUAAUGUAGGCCCAAUAAUGCUGGAGCUCAAUGGGAUGUCAGUUUCUGUCAUAUGAAGAAACUAGGAGUUUUGCCUCUCCCCCCUUAGAUGGAAUGCCAAUCCUUUGCAGAGUUCCUCAGGGGGGUAUAGUUAGGGGAGGUCUUCAGGUGUCCACAACCCCCCUUUCCCCCACUGCAUUCAUUUAAACCUUGUAAGCUGCUAUUUUUUAUCUUGAUAUCAAGCUAUCUUGGAAGCAUGAAUCUUAUUUCUGGUUUCUUGCAUCACAGGAAAAAGAAGAAAAGUGAAACUGGAUGAGAAUUUCUUUACUGGUUACAGAAGAACAAUUUUGCAAGCAAAUGAAAUAUUGGUUGAUAUUUUUAUUCCAUUCACAGAAAAGGUGCAACUUGCAUUUCUUUGUUAGUGCAUUUGUUUCUAAUAGUAUGAUUUUUACCCUAAAUUUGUCUUUUCAUUUUGUAAAUAAGUAUUACUGUUUUCAGCACGAAUAUGUGUUUGCAUUUAAACAAGCUCGACGGCGUGAAGAUGACAUCGCUAUAGUCAAUACAGGCAUGAGAGUGUUGUUUGAUAAAGAAACACAAUCCAGCUCAUGGCAAAUCCAGGAUUGCAGUUUCAGCUUUGGAGGCUUGGCCCCCACAACAGUCAUGGCAAUGAAAACUGUGAAAGGGCUCACUGGAAGGUAUUUUGAGACAAUUUGGUGACUGCUUACUGUGGCUGAGAGACCAAGACAGAAUUUCUCCUUACGCUAUCCAAACAAUAUCAAGCAGACAAGUGAUGAGAAUAAAGAAAAAUAUUAGUUAGGGGAUUAUUAGUUGAUCCAAUACCAAAUUCUCUGAAGUAACAUCAUAAGAAUUGUACAACAGACAGUAAGGAGAAUUGCUAAUGAGAUCUGGAAGUGAAAGGGUUAAGGCUUGUUACCGUAAACCUUUGCUUAAGAAACAAGUGAAGCUAUCUUGCAGGCUAAUUUCAGGGUUGCUAAGGGUUUUUCCUGAUCCUUUAAACUUGUGAAUAGACAUGGAAUUCUCCAUUUUAAUAAACUAUUUGGGUUAAGUUUUGAUAACCAAGGAACACUGACGUAUUCUCUAACUUGUGGGAUCUUUCUCUAACUUUUGUUCUGGGAUUCUUUCACUUUUGUGCACUUUUUGUUCUGUAUGUGCAGCUUGAAUAUGUUCAGUAUAUUUUCUUUGAAUUUCAGGUAUAGAGUAUUCCUUCUUAUUUUUGGGUAUUUUGGAGCGAAUUUGGGGUCGGGGUAUUUUGUCAUUUUUUUUCGGGUAUAGUUCCAAAAAAGCAUUCCCUCUUUUUCAGCGAAUCCCGUCGUGCAAGUCAAAAAAAAAAACAAAAAAAUUGAUGGUAGCGGGCUGCAUGGAACCCUGAGGGUGAGGUGCACGAAAAGAAAGGUUUACUAGCGAGGUUCGGUUUGCUGCACCUCACACUCAGAGUUCUGUGCGGCGCGUUAGUAUCAAUCUGUUUUUUUUUUUCACUGAUUUUUGUUUUAAACCUGCGCCAUGGACUUCGCAAAAAGGAAUGACUGCUCGUAGUGUGCUCUCUUUAUCACUUAUACUCUGAUAUGAACUUAACUUUUCUUUGAGUAGUAUGAUGUGAGCGAGGGAGGGUAGCCUUAAGACCGAUUAUGGUAAUCAAGUUUGUACUCUCUCUUGUAGAACCUGGAAUGAGAGCAUAGUACAGGAAGCUUGUCAGCUGUUGGCUGAAGAUCUGCCGCUUGCACCCGGAGCACCUGGCGGUCAGGUGGAGUACAGGAGAUCGCUCGCCUCAAGCUUCUUCUUCAAGUUCUACUUAAACGUUACCUUGCAGCUGAGUAAUCAAGAGGUAUACUUUGUGCACCUUUUCCAAUCUUUUUCGGAAAGAAAAUUUUACUUUAUUUAGUGUUGCUAUAUUUAUUUGAUUAAGCACCCAGACUCAAAUGAAUAAAAUAGUGUUUGUUCGUUUUAUAGGUAGCAUAUAAGGCUGAUAUACCCAAGUCGUUUAUAAGCGGAACUGGUCAUUUUCAAAGAGAUACAACAUACAGUACCCAGACAUUUCAGGUAAGUGUUUAUCUUUGAAGAAAACCAUUUAAUAGGGUGGGGGUGGGGUUACAAAUAUUAUCUUGACGUCCACGCAUCUGUAAUUGUCAUUACUUCAGGAAGUCCCCAGUGAUCAGUUAAUCGAAGAUGUUGUUGGUAGGCCUGUGCCUCACUUAGCAGCUGCUAAACAAACCACAGGAGAGGCAGUCUAUUGCGAUGACAUUCCUAAAUAUGCAGGUAAUGUAUUUAACCCUUUAACUCCCAAAAGUGAUUAACAUGCAACUUCUCCCAAUAACAUCCAUGCAUUAUCCAGCAAACAGGUAAUGAGAACACUGAAACUUAUCAGGAAGAAGUUUUUAUCUUGAUCUAACACCAAACUCUCUUGACUAAUUGAAAAUAAAGUGUGUAGCAGCUAGAGGAGAGAAUUAACUAUUAGAUCUUGGGAGUUAAAGGAUUACAUAGGUUAUAGAAAAAUGUUGUUAUUCAGCGAGGUUCGAUAGAUAGCUGAACGUUUAAUCGUUUGUCUCACAAUGAAAGAGUCAGGCUCUUCAAUCGUGUAUCGAUUGCACGAUUAUAUCGUUCAGCCUGACUCUUACAUCGUGAGAAAAAAGGAUCAAUCAUUCAUUUAAGGAUUGCGUAGUUAUUUUACUUUGAUAAAGAUGAAUUUACUAAAGGUACCAUGAGAAAAAAAAAAAAAAAAAAAAAAAAAAAAAAAACGUUUCUAAUCCAAAUAAUUAAUUUCUCAAACUUCAAGUUAAGGUUGAUUUAAAGCUAAAUUGCCGUAUUUUUCCCUUUCAAGGAGAACUUUACUUGGGUGUCGUCUUCAGCAAGCGUGCACAUGCGAAAAUCCUGUAAGAAAAUUGCUUGUUGUCUUUUAAAUAAAGUUUUGAUACUGUCUGAAAAAAAGGACUUGAGCUAAGCGGCCCAUCCAGUAAAGUGCUUCUCCAGGUUCCUUUAGCGUGCAGCGACUAGGAGUAUCACUAAUUUCCCCCGAUGAGAUGCAAGUCCAUUAUAACGUUACCCCCCUAGUAUUUCAUCAGGUUUCCUUGGCUUCGAGUCGAAACUACGGCAGUUUCAGGAGAGAGAACUUUACUAACAAGCAAGACCAGUUUCUCUCGUACAAGAGAAAAAGAAUCGCACUUUAUUCGCGUCACGCGCUCAUUUUAAACCAAACAAUUAGGUCGUGCCAAACUCUCCACCCAAAACUUAAAAAAAAAAAAAAAGCUCUUUAACAAUAAGUUUCCAAAGAAACUGUGGUGCUGCCUGCUUUCUAUUACGGGGCGGAGACGCAUGGACCUUAUGGUUAGUGCGAUGGGGUCUGGGUCGAGAGGUCUGGGUCGAGAGGUCUGGGUUCCAGACCUGGCCAUGUUAUUGGAUUGUGUUCAUAGGUAAAACACUUUACUCUCACAGUAUGUCUCUCAAUUGUAAGGAAAAGGAACAUGUUUAUUACUUCCCGGGAUUAAAGAGCUUUAUUUAAAAUAAUAAAGGGGGCACUCUGAUACAUAAGAUAUUAACUUUGUAGUUUUUGGAUAUUUUCAGGGGUGUUGACCCAAGUGAAGCACUUCGUCAACCAGGGGUUAAAAGAUAUGUUGGUGUGGAUGAUGUACCAGGUCGCAACGCGACAGGGCCUGUAAUCUUUGACGAGGAGAUCUUCGCCUCAGAAAAGGUAUGUUUUUUUCUUUAUCGUUUUGAUGUGUGAUGUGAUUUGUAUUUUGCAACAACUCGCAAAUUACACGUGAACUGCAAACACGCGAGUUGCAAGUGAGUUACAAAGCUGGAAAUGCAUCAUCGAAGUUCCGUGUCGCGCGGCUGUCAGUUAUGUCGUAUACCUCACGGUAAAAAUGUGGAGUGUUCGAGGGUUUAACCCUUUACACCUUAACAUCAGUAUACAUAUUCUCCAAACUUUCCUCUUCGCAUUUCUCGUAUUAUUAACAAGGAGAGUUUGCCAAACAAUCAGAACUUUUCAAGUUAGCGAUCAUUUCCUUUACUCUCAUGACUUAAAUGUUUGAUUCAGGGAUGAUACUGUAAGGAGAAAUUAGAUGUUAGUCACACUGCGGGAUUGACUUUGUUUUGUUUCACAAUUGCGAGCCAGUUUGAUUUCUAAAACCUCAGAUUUCGCGUGUCAUUGAAAGGCGCCGUAGAAGGUUACCUUAAUCUUGAAGCCAUUGUGCUUUAUUUGAAAAGAGUAUUAGCUCGCAGGUGAAUAGAAAAAUGCCGUUGACGUUAAACUGGUAGAUUAAGUGGAAUGCAGCGUUAUAAUUCCCGUCUUAUUUUCUUCUCCAAAUCAUGGUAUUUGAUACAAAGCUCAAUCGUAGAGCUGUGGAAUCCUGCUUUUGUUUCAUUUGACCCUUAAUUAAGGCAGAAGCAACACAAGAUUUCUAACUUAAAAAGUUUGCACUUGACUGCACUAACCCCUUCCCUCUGCAUAAAUUUAUCCUUUUUUUCUACUACAGGUGACAUGCGUGGGUCAGGUAAUAGGUGGCAUUGUCGCUGAAACUCAGGCCCAGGCCCAAAAAGCAGCCCAGCUGGUGAAGGUCACCUAUGAGGACCUGCCCAGAAUAAUAACCAUUGAGGUAAAAUGUUCACUUUUACAUGGUUUUUACAUUUCUGAUGCAAAGGGAGGCGGCUUCUUUUUUUUUUUUGCGAACGCGAGGAAUAUGCUGAAGGCUAGUCACGCGUGAGAGGAGGGGAUAUUUCGCGCCGCUCCCCUCGUUCGUGUCUCCCUGUUUGCGCUCGCCCCAUGCCUUCCUCGAGCUUGCCUGGCUUUCGCCGCGCCUCCGUUGGCCUAGAAACGCAAAAGAAAAUGCCGCCUUUCCUGCAGGCUGAUUUAAGAGUUUCCAUUGCCUCCAGACUCACAGUUUACUUUUAGUGAAGAGCUACAAACUUAAGCAUCUGUUCUAUUUGUGGACAGGAAGCUAUAGUUGCAGAGUCAUAUUUGAACCCUGAACCGAUGUGCAUUCAGAAAGGAGACCUAGAGACAGGAUUUGCUGAAUCAGAUCAUGUGUUAGAAGGGGAGAUGAGAGUGGGAGGACAGGUUAGAAUCAAAUGAUUGUAAAAGAUAAAAUUUUAAAGACGCUUGUGUACAAGAAGUGGGCAGAAUGUUGAAACUGUAGUCUCUCAAGGUGAGUCAUCUUUGUAUAGCCAACUUUCUUUCUCUUUCAAGGAUGAGAACUAAUUCUCUGGCCGAAAUUUCGGCGACUCUGUGCGGACAAAACCGAUGAAACACUAUCCAGUAGAAACGGUUAUCAAUAUUCGUGAAAAAAAAUUCCCCCUUUGCACAAAAACUGAUUACUUUCUCUUUGUUUCAGGAACACUUCUAUCUGGAAACACAAGCAACAAUCGCUGUUCCAAGGGGAGAAGAUGGCGAGAUGGAACUUUUUGUUUCUACACAAAAUCCAACAUUGACACAGGUAGGAGAGCAUUUUUUGUUACUGUUGUUUCCUUACUACGCGCUUUUAGUUGUCGGUAGAUGUGUUUGAACGUAAGGUUGUAAACGCGGUUGGUGUUUGGACGUGAAGUUAUAAACGCGGUUGGUGUCUGAAUGAGAGUUUUUAAACGUGGUUGUCACGUUUUAGAUUCACUUGCAUUUUUUAAGAAAGUUAUUUCAGUAAAAGAAGGUGAAAGAAUUCUCGAAAGUUAUACAAACCCUCAACUGCUUAUCUGGUUUGCUAAAUUGUAUCAAAUUCUCCAGCUUCCUUCUACCUGAUUACUUACGUCAUAAAUUGCAAGUUCUCGAUCACUUCGCUUCAGUCUUGAAUUACUUCAAUCUUCUCUGUUGACAGUGGUGGGUCAAUAUUCUACACAGCGGACAUAAAUGUGUUCUUUAGGGUCGGAUGAGAGUGGUAAUCUCCAUCCACUAUUGUCGAAGUUCAAUUGCAAGUUAUCAUUCUUUUUUUUGAAAAUCCACAGAAACUUGUUGCCAGCGCAUUGGGCGUACCUGCCAACAGAAUAGUCGUGCGGACCAAGAGAAUGGGUAAGGGAGACGUAAAAAUUGCUUCAAUGCCAUUGGCUACGUUAAGACGUCACACUCCUUAAAUGGAAAAUUGAUAGGACUUAGACUACGAGCAAUCCUUGCUUUAUGAUGAAGUCUGUCUCGCGAGUAGAAAAAGAAUUGGUGAAAAAAAAAUUGAUGCUAUUGCACUUCGUGGAACUCUGGGAGUGAGGUGCCCCACUCUCAAAAUGCUGUGCGGAGCGCUAACAUCAAUUUUGGUUUUUUUUUCGUUUAUUUUUUGGAUCAAUAUCAGUAUCUGGGCAACUGCCCACCUACCCCUCCCCUAACUCAAUUGUUGGGUUAGGGAAGGGGUAGGUGGGGCAGUUGCCUAGAUACUGAUAUUGAUCCGAUUUUUUUUACUCGCGCUACGGACUUCGCAGAAAAGGAGGGACUGCUCGUAGUCGAAUACGACUUAAUUAUUUUUUUGCUCUGAUAAAUCAGGUGGUGGAUUUGGUGGUAAAGAGACACGUAACUGCUUUCUGAGCAAUGUUGUGGCUGUGGCGGCAGCUAAGUAAGUUAUUUACCUUCUUUUAAGUUUUUUCUAUUUUAUUAUUCAUUUAUUAGUUAUGUAUAUUUUGUAUUUGAGAUGUAAGUGGCAGUCUUCAAAUCUUGAAAGGGAAGUAGAAAAUAUUUCCCAGUUUGUAGCAUGUGCGGUUUGGUACAGCCUGUAAUUAUCUUAAGACGGAGACACCAAAAAUUUCUAACUCAUUACAACGAAUAUACGAGUUUUCCUGUGUCAUUUGUGUUUCAGGGUUGGUAAACCUGUGCGCUGCAUGCUUGACCGAGAUGAAGACAUGAAGAGUACUGGCACUAGGCACCCGUUCUUAGCCAAAUACAAGGUACAAUACAUAUUCUACGAUGACGCAUACUAAUCCAUACUGAUCCAAUCAGUAUGAAUCAGUAUGCAGGCUGAUUUGCCAAAAAUCCUAACUGGGAUUAUUGAGGUGAUCUGCGUUGUCCACGGUCUUUUGUUAUAUUUAACUCGUGUUUAUCUUAUUCAUCUUCUUAGGAGGUUGUCCAUUUUCCGUUUAUUCUUGCCUCUGGCGGUUUUCUACUUCGAAAGAGAUUUUUUCCAUGUGUUAUUCUAAUUAUGACAACUUUUAACGAUCCCAUUCCCUUUCAAAGUGAUGAAAAAUGACACAUAUUUCCUCUUCACUCCUUAUUUUUCUUUAGGUCGGCUUCACAGCAAAUGGGAAAAUCAAAGCUCUUGAUGUCAAAAUGUACAGUAAUGCUGGAAAUUCUUUGGAUCUGUCAAAAUCUGUGAGUUGUUAUCUGGAACCCUUAAAAAUCUCAUUCGCUCAGCUUCCGUCCUUGAAUUCUUCCCUUAUAAGCGCAUGAUUGUUUUCCGCAGGUUAUGGAGCGCGCGAUUUUCCACAUGGAAAAUUGUUACCUUAUUCCAAAUAUUCGGGGACAUGGGUAUUUGUGCAAGACGAACAUUCCUUCCAACACUGCAUUCAGAGGAUUCGGCGGGCCGCAGGUUUGAAAUACUUUUGUUCUAUUGGUUGAUUUUGUGCGAUUGACAACAGAGUAACUGAGAUGGUAUUCUUUGCCAGUCAGGAGUUUUCUUUUCGCGUGAAGACUACGAGUGAAUUUGAAUAAAAAGUUCUAGUUUGAUUUCAAAAACUAGCUUGAAGGUCAUACAUCUUGUUGAAUCUCUCAGUUACUACGUGCGAUAUGACUGGUCAAUUUAAUGGGCCGAAAUCAAAUCAUAACUUGACUUUUAAAGAUACCAAACUUACAACUUAAUCAAUUUGUGAUUACCCUUUUUUUUAGGGUAUGAUGUUUGCUGAAUCGUGGAUAAGUGAUAUCGCAAUUACUUGUGGUAUUUCACAAAGACGGGUGAGUGAGCGAAAAACCUUACACGGUUAAUUGGGACAAACUUCUGUCACCGCAACAUGUAUUGAAUUUUUCUACAGCCAAGAGGCUGAUGCCUGCAACUGGUUUCCGAAGGAUUUAGAGAUGAUACAGGGGCUUAGCUGGGAUUUUUCCAGGGUGGGGGGAGGAGAGCGGGAAUAAUCAAACACAUCACACCUAGGGCAUCUACUUAACUGUCAUGUCGACAUCCACGCCGUGUUGUCCAAUGAAAAAGUGAAAUUUUAGGGGUGAGCUCUGCAUAUCUCGUUAAUUACAGAGAUUCGCAUUCUUCUACUAACUGAAUUGUAAGGCUUGUAUGUUGUUGACUUAAAAAAAAAAUAGUCUCAGUUAAAAAAGGGACGAGGGCUAGCUAGUACUCCCGCACCCCUCCUCCUUUGUCGCUCUACACCUCAAGGAUGGAUUGACAGCUCACAGGAAAACCUCGAUUUGCAGACUAUUAGACCUCGGGCUCACUAGUGGUGAAUUGAGAAAGAAAGGAAGAGGGGGGGGGGUAGUCAAAAUGAGCUGAAUUUUUUCAUGUACUAUCGUGUUCUCUGCUUCUACAAACCAUCCCCAGUGCAAUGUUUUGCAAAGUUUGAAAUUUGCCCAUGCUAUUUGCUCCAGGUAUCAAAUUGUCAGUUUUUUUUCUCAUUUCUCUUUUAAUUUUUCUAUACGUCGACUGCGAACAGGUCAGAGAGUUGAACUUCUAUCAGGAAGGUGAUGUAACUCACUUCAACCAAGAACUGGCCAGUUGUCAUAUCCAGCGCGUGUGGGACGAGUUAGUUGAGAGGUGUCUCUACGAAGAGCGAAGAGAGCACAUCGAGGCCUUCAACAGGUUGGGUGCAUCCUUAUUUCCUUUUAUUCGUCCCUACAACUCCUAGAGGUGUUCAACGUGUAAAUUCUCUUCACAAAAACAAUACAUUACUUAGCAAACAAGUGAUGAGAAUAGACUAAGAUAUCCGCCAGCGAGAAUUGUCUUGGUUUAUUACCAAAUUCUUAUAACUAACUAACAAGGAAAUGUUAACAGCUUUAAGGGAGAGUUUUGAAUCAGAUCUUCAGGGUUCAAGGAAUUAUUCAGAUUUGACGAUAACGAAGGUAGUAGAACUGCAAGCAUUUUUUAAGAUCUGUUUUCUUGAAAAGGUGUGAGAGUUUUAAGUGGUGUAAACAUGGGACGACACUCGAAUCCUUGAUAGAGGAGAGACUAAAACUUGAAGUUAAAAUCAAAUGGAAAGAAUGACACAAUGCAUGCAAGCUGGUCGAUGAAAAUAUUCGUAUUUGUUGCAAUUUAAAGAUUUUAUAUCGUAAAAAACGAUAAUUCACUGUAGCCGUUUGCCAUACCAGUAAACGUUACAUUUUGACUCUCAUUUAAUAUCACCCACACUGACUAUAUAACCUGGCUUUUUAUGAUACCGAAUUGUCAUGCUUUCCUUAAUGUCUUUCCUCCCAAGGGAAAACCGGUGGCGAAAACGAGGCCUUGCACUGACGCCUACCAAGUUUGGCAUUAGUUUCACAGCUACUUUUAUGAAUCAGGUACGAAAACAAACCCCUUGCUUUUCAUAUUGCUGUAGUCGCGCUGGAUAGAACUGAACCCCACUUUCCAUUUGCUAUAUUUGUUUGAACGGUGAAAGACGUUGUUCUUAAGUUACUUCAUUGCUUGAUUGAAACCUUGUAACACGUGGGAUAGCCUAACACGCACGGGCGCUGGCCUUUCGCCCUUCCCGGCUCUGUCUCAGUAGAUCUGAUCAAUCGGAAACGCUUCUAGUUACAUGAGCGUUAAUACGAACUGCGUGAACCCAACUGAUCAGUGUUUUGUCUUUUUUGGUCUUGUUUUCAAGGCUGGAGCUCUGGUGCAUGUUUACACAGACGGAUCAGUUCUUUUAACUCAUGGCGGAACAGAAAUGGGCCAAGGACUGCACACAAAAAUGAUACAGGUAGAUGUCAAAAAUUUUUCCAGGGGUCACCUAAAGGAGAAAGAAAUGCGUAAAUAAGAUUAAGGAAAGCCGCAACUUUCUAAUUAAGUUUCAUUUUUGCAGAUAGCCGCUCGUAUCUUUGGUAUCCCUGUGUGUAAAAUCCACAUUUCAGAGACAAGCACGAACACGGUUGCAAACACGUCUCCAACAGCAGCAUCGGCCUCCUCUGAUCUCAAUGGCAUGGCGGUGAAGGUAAAACACCUUUUUCAAGACGGGAAAGGCCCUGUAGCGAACGCACCGAUAUAUUUUCAAAUUCUAAUUACUUAACCAGUGGUUUCUGAAAUACAUGAAGAAAUCUUUAAAAUAACAGUAAUUUACAACGAUAUCAAACAAGGUAAAUGAAAAUCAAACGGAAAAAGGACAGCAAGAAUAUACCUGACGGUUAGAGUACUUUUACGAAACGACAUAGAAACAUUCAAUGAAAAAUUCUGACUGAUAAUUUAUAGGCGCGAAAACUAUUUCAUUAUGGUAGCACCACACAGAAAUGGGAGGCCAACAAACCGCUGAAAGACGUUACAACUGGCCCUAUCUUUUCAAUUCUGUAAUAUGAUAACCUAGAUAGCUCGUUACACUGAUUGUUGGGGGGGAGUUGCUCCUGGAUUUUUUCACUUGAUAACUUGAGUGUCAAUUUGGUGACCGCGUUGACUAGUGCGCCUCUACACGUGGUGACUAAUUUACUGACGUAUUAUGUUUAGUUAUUGAUAAGAUGUAUGUUUUGGGAUUCGGCAGAUUGCUUGCGAGCAAGUUAUGGAGAGGUUAAAGCCAUAUAAAAUGGAAAAUCCAAAAGGAGAGUGGGAAGAAUGGGUAAGUAUUUUACCUGUUAACUUGUUCAACCUAUCGGUAAGGCGGUAAUUAAGCAAGUGUAUUGGUUAGCUUGUUAGCCAGGUUGGUCAGUCGGUAAAUCAUUCUGUUCAUUCGUGCGUCAGACAGGAUAAUUUGAUUUGUUCAACUGAGCUGAUAAUGUAAAUUGGCCACCGUAAAGAGUUUCUUCAGGUUACCUUUUGAGCGUUAGUCAGUUGGUCUCCCUCUUUGUCUGUUUGUCUGUCUGUCAAUCAGCAGUCAAUUUUUCAGUCAGUCCGCUUGUGGUCUGCUGGUCAGUUUUGCAUGUCUUUACGGUUUGUCUGUUAAUCAGUCAUUAUCUGUGUUUUUCGUUAAUUUAGUAAGCAGUAAGUUAGUCACGUAAUUAGUCAUUCUGUCUGUACGACAAUCCGGUCAUCAGUUAGGCAGUCAGUCAAUUGUGUCUAAAACUGGACUCAAGUGUCUAAAAUCGUACAUUAGUGUCAAAAAUCGGACAUUUAGGUCUGAAAUCGGACGCUAGUGUCUAAAAUCGGACAAUUAUGUCUGACAUCAGAUAUAAGUGUCUAAAAUCGGACCCUAAUGUCUAAAAUCGGACCAUUAUGUCUAAAAUCGACACUCGUGUCUAAAAUCGGACACUAGGGUCUAAAAUCAGACCUUAGUGUCUAAAAUGGGAUUUUAGACACAGAUAUAGCUUCUUGCUUAUUUCCAGGUUCGCUCUGCCUACUUUGACCGCGUCAAUCUUUCAGCGAAUGGAUUUUACAAGUAAGAACCACUUUUCACAAUUUGAAAUCUAAUGCAGUUUUCUAUGACUACGCACUUUUAAGUACGUGUGUAAACUCUUUUACUAGAAACUGACCGAUUUUGCUCUCUCUGAAAUUCAAGUGGAAAGGCCAUCAGCAAGAUACCAGUGGAUUUUAGGGGGUAGUGGGUGAUCCCCUGGCUUCCCCUCUCUUGUAAAUAACAAUUCUCCUUCCAUAAAUCUUUUGAAAAUCGGAACUCAAUUAAAAAAUUGCAUACUUUAGAUUUUUUUUCUUUUUUUUUUUAAAACCUUCAACCCCUAAGAAUGACUAGUAUCUCACUUCUCUUAAACAUAUUAACGCAUAACGAAGCACGUUUUUUAACUGUCUCUGCGCAUGUGCCGCACGCACACCGCAGGUUAAUAGGAUUGCGGUCUAAACUACUAGUCACCAGAUUCCACAACCAUAUUAACGCAUAAUGAACCAUAAAGGUCAUAAGAAUGAAGAAAGUGAUCGCAAACCAAAGAAGUUCUUGAUUGUUAAACAAAUUCUCCUUGUCCCAAUCUUAGAAAAUGUCCAGACUACGUUUUGGAGAAAAUGUAUUCUGAUGUCAAGGUGUAAAUGGUUCAUCAGUGAAAAUCCAAGUAAAAUUGCCAGUUCUAAUUUUCCGGAAGUGAUUUCUUGUUAUUUUUGCCUCUCAGAACACCGGAUUUAGGGUAUGACUGGAAGACCAAUACUGGCAGAGUGUUCAAUUAUUUCUGCUUUGGUGCGGCUUGCUCAGAGGUGGAAAUUGACUGCCUCACAGGAGAUCAUCAGGUUCGUUAAUAGGCACACAUCUCUAAGGUUUUCUCUUUCAUUUACUUUUAAACUGUGACACGACCCAUGGAAAGAAAAAAGAAUCCUGGGAAACGUAUAGCAACGAUUUCGUGACCAAGCUCUCAAAACAAAGUGGUGGCUUCUUUUGUCACGACUGUAUGACACUCGGGUUAAAACGAAUUGCCGAAACGUAACUGACCAGAAAAACCUACAUGUGAUGUGUAGAAAAACUGCUCACCAAUAGAAAAGAGGCAGAAAAGACAUAUGCUGUUUGUCAAAGAGGUUACUAACUCUCACAAACCUUGAGAACAAAUAUUUCGUUCCUCGAGGUGCGGCAGAGCACAUAUCACUCAGAUUCGAACUUGGCCGAACGGAAAUAAAUUCCAAACUCAUUUUGGGUCAAGAGUUGUAAUUUUCGGAACAGCUAACACUUUCUAUGUAGAACUAGUGUCUACAUUGCGUGAAAUUAAUCAUUGUAUAGCGCAGGAAUUUAUAAACUCCAUAACUUGUAUUGUUUUUUUUUUCUGUUCAUCAGGUUCUUCGUACAGAUAUUGUGAUGGAUGUCGGUAUCAGUCUCAACCCGGCCAUUGACAUUGGCCAGGUUAGUAAAUUGUUUUAUUUUCCGAUGUAAUCAUUGGCUAUGGACUAAUUUCUACUCUUGUUACGAGCAAGAUUCUGCAGAAACUUUUGCCGUGUGUUUCUCUCUUAUAUUCAGUUUGUGUUAAUCUGCGCUUUUUCAGGUGGAGGGAGGUUUUGUUCAAGGAAUGGGUAUGUUCACCCUGGAAGAAGUGCGUUACUCUCAAACCGGCUCAUUAUGGACGCAAGGGCCUGGUGCCUACAAAAUUCCUGGAUUUUCAGACAUUCCAGUGGAGUUUUAUGUUCACCUCUUACGGAGUGCCCCGAACGAAAAGGCGGUCUUUUCUUCCAAGGUUUGAAGAGUUUCUGUUCCUCGAAGGGAUUAGAUUGCCAGAAAAGUCUGUUAUGCUUUGUUAUUAUGAACCUACCUCAAAUUGAGAGUGAUCUUUGGUUGAAAUAAAAGUCGAGUUUUAACUUGACGUUUAAAAGUUUUUUUCCUUCUCAUGACAUUUUGAUGUUUUGUUUAUAUAGGCUGUAGGAGAGCCACCUUUGUUUCUUGCCUCUUCUGUGUUUUACGCCAUCAAAGAUGCCAUUAUGUUUGCCAGGUAAAAAAAUGUCCUUACCUCUUAUUGUUAUCAACUGGACAUUGUGUGGCUGAUAGAAGUCUUGGGGCAAUUGCUUUUUGAUCGAACGCGGACACAGGAUCGAACUUUUAUCAUUGUUAGCUCAACAACGAAUUGACGGACGCACCGACUGACUGUGUCUACUUGUCAGUCUGGGAACGUGAGAGCUUUGACGAAGGGCUAGCGCUCGAAAUUUCAGCUUUGGAACUCUUAAAGUCGCUAAAUUAAGUUAUCAACCUAGUUGAUGAUACUAAAUUACUCUGUCACACUCUCCGACUGACGUAGCACCACAGCUUUUUCAGAAACACCCCCUUUAUUCAUGACUGUUGGUCAGUCUGUCUGUCUGUCUGACUGACUGACUGACUGACUCAAGGUCUGACUGUCUGACCAAAUGACUCCUUCAUCGACUUUCCAACAGGCAAAACGACUUCACAACUCAAUUAUUGUUCUAAACAUUUCGUACCUUAUUAAAAAUAUAUUCUAAAUUUUACAGGCGUGAAUCAGGUGUUGAAGGAAUCUUCAGACUGGACAGUCCCGCUACCAGUGAACGCAUCAGAAUGGCUUGUGUUGACCAGUUUACUCAACAGGUGAGAAGUACCCCCUUGCUAUCGCCCCAACUCAUGCCAAUGGCAAACACAUGUUGCCCGAGUAUCUGAUCAGCGUGUCGGUAAUGGCGAUACUUCAAGUUAAGAGAGCGUUACGAAUACUCCGAACAACUUUGUGAAAGUUUACUUUCUCAUGAACUAAGCAUGCGUUUAAAAUGUGUGAUGUUGACGUAUUGUGUAAUACACGCAUGCUUGAAAUCACAUCGAGUGUACGUUUCUAGUGAGACGUAUAUGAACAAGGUAUCAAAAGCUCGUGAAACACUUAUGUUGUCAAUAAAUUCUACUCCAUUACGUUUGUUUUUUUUCCUCCAUAGUUUACGCCCCUUGCGGAUCCAACCGUGAAAGACUUCAAUGUUUAUCCAUGAGGACUUGAAGACUGCUAAUUAAUAACAUGUGGUUUACAUAAUUUCAUUCAUCAUUUAAUCGAUUGCUUACCAAUAUUUAAGUAAUUACAAAUUAGAUGUGGAUAUUUUAAUCGUUCGGUUUACCUGGUUCCUUGAGAUUCUUGCAAUUUUUCCCUAUCACCCGAUCCUGAAAAAAAAAGAUGGUCUUAAUUAUAUUUUCGCUACAAGAUUGAGACCAAAUAUCCCUGGAUAAAUUACAUUUUCCCUUCCCCUGAUUUACUUACGGCUCACUUCAAGUGAGGCCCGAUCCACGAGAGGAUUUUGAUCCCAGUCCCCCUUGCGGAAGUCAUAUAACAAUCCACUUAACGCCCUUGCUAGUUUUACACUCCUUUUCCAGGUUCACGUAGUCUCGUAUCCAGACCUUCCACGGCCAAGCGGUUUACAUUUUAUUAAGUUUCUCGUUAGUGAUUAGUUAGAUACGAAGCUAACUAAUUGUGAUUGGACCAAGCGGUUUACAUUUUAUUAAGUUUCUCGUUAGUGAUUAGUUAGAUACGAAGCUAACUAAUUGUGAUUGGACCAAAAUCAAACUCGGUAUUAAUAUUUAAGUCCUGAAAAUGAAUAUGAACUGAGGCGUACUUUAGGCUUACAACAAAAGCAACAUUAAUUAUUUUAUUCCAUAGUAAUUCAGUUAUUUUUUGAAGAAAACAUGGAGACUAUGAAUAAUAGUAUAUUUGUGCAUCAAGGUCUGUCUACAAACAUAUAUAUAUAUAUGAGUAAAGAUAUCUGUAUCGCAUUGGCUUGGACAACAAAGAUAUAUUUUGACCGGGUGAAUCUAGUUGAAUUCAGUGAGUAGUAUUGUAACCUAGAUCAAAAUUUAAAUUUACUGGUAUCCAUCCUCACUAAUUCGUUUAGUAAUAACAAGAAAAUAUAUUUUACUUCGGUUUUGCCGACCAUUCAUCGGUCCCCAGUGGCGUUCUCGGCGGCUAAAAAGCUGAUUUGAUUACAUCAUAUUCUCUACUUAGAAUGUUAUUAUAUCCCAU